GUCCAUUGACUUUCAAAGCACAAUCAUUCCGAAAUGGGACCUUACCCAAAUCCAUCUUCUUCUUCUUAUUAAUCCAUCUCUACCGAUUUUCUGGUCGGCUUUGGGCUUCUCAAUCUUGGGUUUUGGGUUCUGAGGAGGAAGUGUGUUGACACUAUGAAGGGUUUGCGGGUAUGGGUUUUGUGCUCACUGGUUGGAACAGCUCUGAUAUACUUCAACGUCAACUGCAGCACGACCAACUCCUUAUUUCCUGCUAUGGACUUAAACUACGUGGAUGGUAGCAUAAUGAUGACAACCAGAUUGAGGAAGCUGAAGGAGCAUACUCCGACCGUUAAGAAGAGCAACGCAGGCACUGUAAAUCUGGAAGAUUACCUUCCUAUUGACCCGGUUCCUAGUUCUAAGGCUUCUCUAAGGCCGGGGCCUAUUCAGCAUGGCACCCCUCUUAAGCCUUAUAUUCCGCAACAUUCACCUCCUAAGAUGCCUGGACCUACCCAGCAUGGCAGCCCUCCAGCUACAAAACCACUGUCUCCUGCUCAUCCCCUGCACGGUGGCUCUCCUUAGCGUAUUUCGAAAUGUUCCUUCAUGGUGGCUAUGCUACAUAAAUGGAUAAUGCAGUUACUUGGUUUGCCCGUGAUGUUCUAACCAUCUUUUUUAUUUUAUCAUGCAUCUAUGACCAACUUAACUUCUGAUAUGUGUUGCACACAGUUUCUUUGCAUCUGUCUCUAUGUAGUAUAAAUGUCUUCUGUCUUCCCGAAUUAGUAGCAUAAUUCUCAUGCACAUUGAUUACAUA